UUGCCAUGUAUAAAAGUGUUCGGUCAUAGAUAGAUGGAUACGUGACUGCUAAUAAACGGCGCCGAGGGUUCCUGACGUUCCUGAAUGCAGGAGAAACGGCGGGAGAAGAAGAAGGUCGGACAAAUGGCGAAGUGAGGGAUGGGAUACCUGUGGACUCGGCAGCAUUAGAUUUGGAGAAUGAAUCCAGAAGGAGUGAGAGGGAGUGAGGGAGUUCGUCAGAAGGGGUCAAAAGGUGCAAUUGAGUGGAGUAGUAGGAACAAACCCAACAGACAUAGACAGAUGAGCGGAUAAGUGAAAGGAUUUAGACAGGAAGCAAUUUGUUUUUUUUAUUCAAAACAAGAGGUGGAGAUGCCAGGAACUGUGCAAUGAGAAAAAAAGGAAGCUUUAAGCCAUCUCCUGAUGACACCCCCUCUGGCCGUAAAAGCAAAGUCACAUUGAGACGCACGCUGUUCAAAUUAUGCAUGAGUUUCUUUGUCUGUCUGCUCCUCCUGCAACGAACGAACGAACAAACGGACGAACGGACGGACGAACGAACGAACACGUACACAUGCUGAGUCAGUCCAUGACUUUCCGGAGUAAACCAGAAGGUUUUGUGUUUGUGUGUUUAGUGGGCAUGUCACAGUUCCAUACCACCGUGGACGUGUCUACACCCAUGCCACGAAUACAUGCACAUUUUAUCUUUACAUUGCAACAUUCCUUUGCCCUCGCAGCCUCCGUUGCUGCUCUGUUGGGAAGACGACACUGGCCAGCAGAGGAAGUCUAGACGUGUGUGUGUGCGGUUCACUGUGGGUCAUUGACUAAAAAGGAAACCUGAGCUUUUGCGGCUUCUCUUUCCGCUCGUCUGAGCUGCGCUGCUCUCACCGUCCCCCCCGGCCCCCCUGUUCGCCUCCUCAGUCUCGCAAUUAAAAAAUAAUCACUGAAUGUUUUCGCGAAAGCCUCGUGAAGUUUCGGCAUAAUCACGGGAGCAGGUGCACGUCCCUCAGGUGCAGUGGCCUGAGAGCCGAUGGUUGUGUCACGCGCAUUGACCGACCCGUGAACGGAAUCUCACUUGGGUGAGAUCUGGGGGCCGGUGACUCUGGAUCCCCCUGAGAAACUGUCCACACCACCAGCACCAGCAGCAGCGCCAAGGCCGACUCCUGGUUACAUCAGUGCUUGCAUCACUCCACGCCUCACAGACUGGCCCCGGCCCUCUCGAUGGAUAUAGACACAGACUAUGAGCGGCCCAAUGUGGAAACCAUUAAAUGUGUGGUGGUUGGAGACAACGCAGUAGGCAAGACCAGGCUAAUCUGUGCCCGGGCCUGCAAUGCCACCCUCACACAGUAUCAGCUGCUUGCCACCCACGUGCCAACCGUGUGGGCCAUCGACCAGUACCGUGUAUGCCAGGAGGUGUUAGAGAGAUCUCGUGAUGUAGUGGAUGAGGUCAGUGUGUCCCUGAGACUAUGGGACACAUUCGGGGAUCAUCACAAAGACAGACGGUUUGCCUAUGGCAGGUCGGAUGUCGUGGUGCUCUGCUUCUCUCUGGCCAAUCCCAAUUCCUUGCGCCACGUUCGCACCAUGUGGUUCCCGGAGAUCAAGCACUUCUGUCCCAGGACACCCAUCAUCCUGGUCGGCUGCCAGCUGGAUCUGCGCUACGCCGACCUGGAUGCGGUUAACCGUGCACGACGCCCCCUGGCCAAACCAAUCAAGCCUACAGAUAUACUUCCUCCCGAGAGAGGCCACGAGGUGGCGAAGGAACUUGGGAUACCCUACUUUGAGACCAGCAUUGUUGCCCAGUUCGGAGUGAAAGAUGUUUUUGACAAUGCCAUCCGAGCCGCCCUGAUCUCCCGUCGACACCUGCAGUUCUGGAAGUCCCACCUGAAAAGGGUCCAGAGGCCCCUCCUCCAGGCGCCCUUCCUGCCCCCGCGCCCACCACGCCCCAUUGUGGGCAUCCCAGACCCCCCUCCCACGGACGGCGAGGGCCCAGAUUCUCUCUUCUGCCAGCCACUGUGUGCAGAUGUUCUUUUCCUUCUGCAGGGUGGCAUUACUCGCGUAUUUGCACACAAAGUUUAUCUGGCCACUUCCUGCUCCAAGUUUUAUGACCUCUUCACCCUUGACCUCGGCGGAUUGUGCAUGGCGCCGCGGGGGGAGGAACAGGAGAAUAAGGAGAACUUGGAGUGCGCCGAGGCAGAUGAGCAAAGCCGGAGGGGAGCCAAGGAGCAAGCUGGGCGCACGAAGAGCCUGGACAUUGACAAAGACGGGGCUGAUGGGGGAGUGCGUGGCCUGAAUCGACCCCAGCUGCUCCAGCAGGGCUCUUUGAGGACUUCCCAGAGUGAUAAUGCACUCCCCUCUCGAGCCCAGUACUCCCUGGGAGCUCGGGGUACCGGGCGAGCCCUUUCCGGAUGGGGGAGAGGGUUCCUGAGUGUGUGUCUGGAGCAUGUUGAUGAUCCGAUGACUGGAAGACCACGUCUUAUGACUGUGGUAGCCAUGGAUGCGCUUAUUCAGGAAGAGCCAUUCAAGGCGGUGCUUCAGUACCUGUACACGGGCAGUCUGGAUGAGGGCCGCGGCGAUCUGAUGCAGGUGGCCACCAUAGCGGAGCUGCUUGAGGUGUUCGACCUGCGGAUGAUGGUGGCCAACGUUCUGAACAGAGAGAGCUUCAUGAACCAGGAGAUCACCAAGGCCUUUCACGUCCGCAGAGCCAACCGCAUCAAGGAGGGUCUCAACAAAGGGACCUUUGCGGAUGUGGUGUUUCGCCUGGACGAUGGCUGCCUCCCGGCCCACAAGCCCCUGCUCAUCUCCAGCUGUGACUGGAUGGCUGCCAUGUUCCGGGGCUCGUUCAUGGAAAGCUACGUCGAGGAGGUAUCCAUUCCCAACACCAGUGCAGCCUGUAUGCAUGGGGUGCUGGAGUUCCUGUACUGUGGUCUGCUGACGCCCUGUCCUGGUCUGGAGCCCAUGGAACUGAUCAUUCUGGCCAACCGCCUCUGCUUGCCGCGCCUUGUCGCCCUCACAGAACAGCACGCUGUGGACGAGCUUCUCCAGUUGUCAGUGAAAGGAGGUGACAUUGAUGGACAGGUGUUGGCUUACGUGGAGCUUGCACAGUUCCACAAUGCCAAGCAACUUUCAGCCUGGUGUCUCCACCACAUCUGCACUAAUUAUAAUAGCAUCUGCCGCAAGUUUCCCAAAGACAUGAAGUCCAUGUGUCCAGACAACCAAAGGCACUUUGAGAAGCAGCGCUGGCCUCCGGUGUGGUUCCUGAAGGAGGAGGACCGCUACCUGCGCUCGCAGAAGGAGCGCGAGCACGAGGAGGAGAUCUUGCGCAAGCAGCACAUCAAGCGGGGCUGGUGUUUCUGGAGGCACUCGUCCUCCUCUUCGCAUGUCUCCUAAAGGGUGUCCUCCGCGGACGUUUUCAUCCUAACCCGGGUGAUCGCACCCAGGAACCCCCAACCCCCUUGCAAAGCGUACAGAGGAGGAGAUCAGCUCUGAAUCCUCGACCAGUGGAGACACGACUCUCAGUGCUACUAUGCCUGAAGGUCAGCAUGUUCGGGGGAAUGUAUGUGCCUCUUUAUAUUUGUGGGUGACUUCAUGAGUGCAUUUUGGUAUGCUUGUGUGACAAAAGUGUGGGCUGAACUGAAGGGUUGGCAUGUGUACGUGUGUGCGAGUGUUUUUGUGCGGUUUGAGUGAUGCUUCCGAGUUGAGUGCUUCCCAGCAGCCCCGAUCUAUGAGAGCCCCCUGGCCCCUCCCACGAGAGCUCUGUCCCUCCACCAGCGCUCACCGUGUCUCCCCGCAUUUGAGUGACUGAACUUGGAGCAAGGGCUCUCUAUCUCUCUCAGUCGCCACCCUUCACAUUGACCUUAAAGACUAUUACACAUUGACCAUGGCAGCUCCUCUCAGGGAGCUCACCUCUGCCUUUAAUUUUCCACAGACUGUUAGCUUCCCCCUCCAAACACGUGCCCCAGGUCCACCCCCUCUAAAACCCAGCACUGGAUUCCCAGGAACUGAUGCUGGCAACGUCAUUGUUAUUUUGAUAUUUGACCUUUUUCUAUAAAAUGUUGCGCCUUCUGGGACACUAUUAUCAGGGGUAAAUGGUGCGCACCACUCCCAGGAAGUGCGGAGGACUUUGAUGAUUGCCAUUGAAACCUGCGAAGAUGGGACUGUUAAUCUAGAGCCCAGAUUUUAGGGGCGUAAGGGUAACCAUAAAUCCGUUAGCACGUUAGGACGCUCCAGUCUUUAGGACGCUCCAGUCUGGAGGCUUGACCAUGGCUAUUAACCUCCAGACCUGACGUGGUCCUCGGCGUUUGGCCUCCACCCCUGCAUGUUCCGCCCCCUCCUCUUGCACUCCGCACCUGACACAAAACAAAAUCACAAGCUCUCCUCGAUGAGUUGGAUUCACCAAGCUGCACUUCGGAGACAUUCAAGACACCACUCUGUAGCAAUGACGGGGGUGGGGGGGGGGUAUUAAAGUCCCCUCUGCCAUGGGGGAAUGAUGGAUACAGUAUUAAACAAAUAAGCUUCUAACGUCCAUGUCCGCUGGGGUGCGUUCGAGCACCUCAGCCAGCCUGCCUUUACACCCCUACGACACCGGGGGCAGCACUGCUCAGGGCCCCGGCACUAACCUUCACGCCAACAGUGUUAAUGCCUGCGUUUAUUUUUCAGUUGUUACGAUCAUAAGCAUAACUUCAACCAAUCAAAGCAUGUGCACCGUGUUAUUAGCACUUUUAAAAAAACAACACCUGACUAUUGAUUUUCACCUGACUAUGAAUGCACAAAGCUGCGAUUCUUUUAAUCCCUUUCUUCCUCGUCCUCCUCACCUCUGCUUCCUCUCAUCGGCACACGAGGAUGGAGGAGAGAAGGGGAAGUGGCUCGUGGCUGACGGAGGAAGUAUCUCACGACAACUUAUGAAUUUGAAUCCCUCCUCGCGGUGGCGUCUGCUGGACAUUGCCUUCCAUUCCUCUUGCUGAAAUUUAAAAAUGGUGCUUAAGACACAAUAAGACAGUGUCCACAAGAACACAUUUUUUUAAUGUUCACAGUUUGAGCGUCUGUGUAGUUAUUUUAGUGUUUACCUGUGGUGAACAUGCAGAAAUUCAAUAAUGUUAUUCAUAGUUGACACAGUUUUUCUUCCUCAGCAGUCUGUCAGAGGUCAUUAUAGAUCAUUGGUUUUUCGAAUGUGUAGCUUUCUGCUUUUACACUCACAACCUUGCUUCCCUGACCUUAACCAGGAAAAUGAUGCUACUUUAGCUCCAUUUUGCAAUCGUGAGUGUCGUCUCGAAUAACAAAUGGUUUGAUAUACAACCGCGUUUGAAAGCCAAUCCAGUUCUAUAGCUAAGGGUGCUAAUUUCUUUGGGCUCUAGUACCGAAUGUAAAAACGCGACUCUCGUGUUAAUGAGUUUCUAUUAGCACAUUGUUCUAUUUGUGGGUUUGCGCCCCUCAGCCUCACACAGGUUACGGAGGAUGAUAGAUUGUGUGAGACGUGGCAUGUUCUGCCGUCCUCCCUGGGCGGGGUGUUACAGUCAUUGUCAGCUGCUGAAAUAGACAUCGGAUAGGAUCUCACGAGACCCAGGUGAGAAUUGAGCUGGAUCCGCUGUGAAAAAGAGUGAAAGAGGAGCACGAGUCUCAGUAGGAAUUACAUGCAACCUUUAUGUUGGAGUGGCUCUGUGGAUAUUUAGAUUCAUCCCUGUGCAGGAAUAUGGUAACUAAGAAAUGAUAAAGAGGAGAAAGUUGCGGGGGGGGCAGUCUUUGAUGGAUUUCCAUGGCCUCCAUGUAGUUCCCCAUAGAAAACGGGGCUUUAAGAUCUGUCUUAUUAAUGGUUGGCUUGAUGCAUUAAGCCUCUUCUCUUGGUCCACGUGCCUUAUAGUCGGACAAAACUACAAAGAAGUUUGGGAUUCUAACAACUUCCUCUCAAUUCAAACCUGCGGACAGGUUCUGCAGCUGCUCACAUGACGGACGCAGCAUGCAAAUGGCCAUGGUAAUGUCAUGAGUGUAAAGUGAAUCAUGGCGCCGCUUUGUGCCCUCUCGGCCGUGAUCCCUCUCGAUUUCGUUUCAGCCAACUUGAGCCAUAGACCUUUUUUUCACAGAAGACACGUUGACACGUGGCAGCAGGAACGGCACAGGUGCAAACGACAAAAUGCAUCACUGGGACUGUUGAAUAGCACAGAGCCGUUGUCAAUGUUAUCUGGACCCCUGGGCCUUUUCUAAUGGGGCGAGUCGAGAUGUCUGCCCACUGCCGGUCGUAAGCAGAAGAAAAAAAAAAAGUCCUUGAAUUGGUAGGGUGCCGUACAGUAGGUCGGUCUAAUCACAUGGCCUGAGAUUAGUAUGCUCUUUCUAGAUUGGUAAUAAUUACAUUUGCAUGCGGAAGGACUCGCAUCGCGGACGGGAUUCUCCACCGACCAGGCGAUUUUAGAGGCGCUGAUCAAAAUGAAUCUGGUGGAUUCCUGCAGUGUAGCUUUCAAUAGCACUGACUUUGAGAAAGCAGAGCUUUUUAAUGAGCACUGGCUGGCCUGUGCGCUGGGGAAAGGGGGGUGGGGGCAGGGGGGGGCGUGCAGACACAUUUGGAAUGUGGGUAAUUUGCAUGGUGGCCUAACUUUGUCAUUAUAGUGACACUCGGUGUUGGAAUGCACUUUUUUUUUUAUUUUCUGCUGUACCUUUCUGUGCUUAGCAUGAAUCGUUCCUUAUGUAAGAUUGUUUUUCUAAGCCUAAUGAUUGUAGCACAUUAUUUCCACUCGAAAAAACCCUGCAAAUUUCCCCAUAGCGAAGAGCUGAACGCGACUUGUCCAGCUUCUUUGCCUAAGAUCGUGUUGGCACCGAUCCCCCACAGUAGCUUUUUUCAUGCUGUGUGGCUUCAUGCUCAGGUCGGUUGAGCUCAGCUCAGCUCAAGGUAGCAUCACUAAACGCACAACUUUAAAUAAUAAACUGGCACGUCCUCGCUUUAAAGAAUGAACGCAAGAGGAUCUGUUGCUGUUGUGCAUUGUUAUAGCCGUCCUGUUUACUGUAGUUAAUACAAUCCAUCAAACGUAUUGUUUUGAUUUGAAAGAUACUGGGUACAGGGUGUACGCCUGAAAAGUAUAAAGAGCAAGAUUUCCAAUGAAAUUAAGUAUUAUAAUACACAUAUUUCACAAAUGUCCUAAAUGGCUGGAAGCCAAGUUUAGUGUCUGGGGUUUAGCCUGCAUGAGAUGACAGAGGAAUAAGGCGAUGCAUGUUUCUGGUGUUAGUAGGGUUACUGUAUAUACAGCAGGGUUUCUCAACCUUGGGAUUCUGGUCAUUGGAAAUGUUCUGAAUUGGAGGGGGGGGGGGGGGGUGAAUUGAACACUUUAUUAGAUGAGAACAGAGAAUUGUGAAAUUGAGUCACGGGUCAGAAGAGGUUGACAACCCUGUAAGCUUUACUCAGCCUUCACUGUUUGCUCCACACCGACCACUAUACAUCACGUCACAGAUGUAGGAUGUUGCAGUAGUCAUUUCCUCAUCACGUCCUUUUCACUCCACAGUUGUUCAAGGUGGAGCUCUUCUUCCCUCUUAGCAGGCCUGAUCGUCCUUUAAAGUGAGGCCUAGUGACUGAGAGAACACCCUCCUUUAGUCUUUGGUGUCUUUUUUUGCGGUGCCUUCAGUGAAAUCUCACUCAUUUGGCUCUGGACAGGCCGACGGCACUGCACCCGCAGCCUCCUGAGCACAGAAUUAAUAGCAGGCAGCUUUCUUUAAUGUACAGUAUCUUAAAGCUUGUGUAGAUCUGGGCCGAUGUUUCUUUAGUGUAUUUCUUCGAGGCGUAAAGCAGUUACUGGCUAUUGGGGUCAUCGCGAUAACAUCCAGCGAUCACGUAAGAUACGGAGCUUCACGAGUUCAGUUACAUCACCUGCUCUGAAGCUACACGCAGCAGACGACUUCAAUUAUGAAAUGACCAAGAAACCCAGUACACCAGCAAUUUCAAGAAUAAUGUAUUCGCACUCUUUCAGGUGCCUGCACUUUCUAGUAUGUAGCCUAAUACAACUUUUUUGAUAAGUAUGCCAAGUCUUUGUAUUUACCAGUUUUCUUGAUCAUAAAUGAAAAUAUAUUAUUACUUUUCCACUUUCCCAUGAUCUCUUUCUCUUCAAGCCAAAUGCGGUAGUGUGACCUAUUGCUUCCACGAUUUAGCUGCAGUUUACUCUGUCGCGUUCGUGCGUGACGUCGGCGUAUUUCUGUUUGGGGAACAGCAUCUGUGAACUACUGGUUGGACUAGAGGCAGAAAUUAGCUGUGGCAACGACAUAUAUAUAAUGCUUUAAUGAAGAUAGUUGUACUGUACAGUGUUGUAACUUUGAGUCCCGGAUGGUAUUAACCUCUCACCUUAUAAAUGCUCACCACACUGUAUGUAUUUACUAAGCCGGUGUAUACAUAGGAUCUUAUGCACGGAGAGGCCCAGGACAGGGAGAGUGUUUCUAUAGACCCACAUGGUGACAUUAACCCCUGCUAUCAACUGCAAUUUUGAGGUGCGUCGUUCAUACUGUAUAGUAUUGUUAUGCACUUUUUGUUUCCAUUGGCUCACAUGAGAUUAAUUAAUAUUAACUGCUCCAUGUUAUUGUGUUAAUUACAGUUUUAAAAAAAGGCAAAAGAAAGAGCACACCACACUCACAAACUAUUAAGGGCUUUCUAGAAAAUAUAUAACAAUCAGAAUGUUUUGCUGCUCUACUGUUUUGAAACUUAAAAAUUUGUAAUAUUUUUGAACCACUGUGAUUUGUACAAAAUUUUAAAAAAAUAAAUAAAAGUUUUUUUUCUUUC